UCUCCAAUUGAGCUGUCAUUUAUCGUUGAACUGUGUCCACGUAACAAACGACAAUAUUACCACACCGCACAACACUAACAAUAUGGAUAGCGUUGCUGCUGAAUUAAUGGAUUUACUCCACACUGCCAAUAAUCAUGAAGAUGUUGUGAAAUGUUAUAGUGGAAUUGCUGAGACAUUCGACAAAAUACAAGAGGCACUGGCAUACGUCGGAGCGAAGAACGGCGUGAAGAAAUGUCUUGAGAUAGGUGAAGUGCCAAAGACGGCACGUAUAUUGGAUAUUGGCGCAGGUACCGGAAUCGUCGGAGAGAUGCUUCAGUCAAUGGGAUACGAAAAUUUGGACGCGCUUGAUGGGUGUCAAGAGUUGCUCGAAAAAUCACGAGAGAGAAACUGUUAUCGGAAUUUGUUUUGUUCUUUCGUAGUUCCAGAUGCGGAAUUGCCAGUUGAGAAAAAAGCUUACGACCUUGUCGUCAUGCCUGGCGUUGUGUAUCCGGCGCAUAUUCUACCAACCGCAUUUGGACAAGUGAUAAAAGUAGUUAAAAAAGGUGGAUUAAUCAGUUGGGACAUGAUGGUGGGACAACCGGAAGCUUAUCAAAAGGAUAUUGGUGUAAUGUUUCGCGAAGAAAACUUUGAAAAGUACGUUAACUCAUAUGUGGAUGAAGGACUGUGGGAGCUCGUAGGCAAAUAUGACAUUACUUUCGUGGAGCGUCCGUCAGCGAGCUUAAAUGAAAAUGCGGUGUGUUAUAUCAUGAGAGUGUUGAAAUGAGAAAUCAAAUCGAGAGAAAAGUAAAAU